UUUUUACUUCAUGGGUCACAUGAUUAAACACGUGACACAAACGCACUCGUACGACACAAUCCGCCAUGUUUUAUGUUUUGUUGCCAAAUUACAGGUGUCGUGAGAAGGUAUAAAUCAACAAAUUUGGAAGUUUGAUGACAUCACAGGCUGUUAAAUUCAAGGAUCGCUUACAAAAGAUUAAUUGGCGUGAUUAAGACAAAUUUAAAAGGAACAAAAGGAGCAUUGAAGAAGUGGUUACAAAUAAAACUGAUCUAAUGACAGAAUCGCUCAUUCGAAUGAAGGAUAUCUGUACACGGAGCUAAAUGAUUUGAAUCACUUGGCAGGGCAAAAAGGUGGCGUGAAGAUAUUAAAUUAUAUUUAUAGUGUAAAGUAAAACAUGGAAAAUGUUUCUUCAUGUGGAUUUUGUUGUGAUUGGAAUGAAAUAAUGAAUUAAAUUACAGUGGUUGUAGGAAAAGGAUUAAAAAGUGGAACUGUUUGGAAUUGAAAAUUUAACAGAAUGUCAGCCUCGAUGGAGAUCAGUAGUGCACCAGGGGUCAGCGGUGGAAUGGCAUCGCCAGUGGAAGGCGAUGACGUUUUUGGGGAUGAUUCAAGAGACAAGAAGAAAAAGUUUAAGCCAUUUCAAAAAAUGCGGAAUUUUUUCCGAGGGAGUAGUAAGAAAAGGUUCAAACCAGAGGAAGCUGGCGGCCAGAAAUCACACUCCAUAGGAGCACUACAUCAGCGGGGAGGAAGUGGUGAUGACGAUGAUGACGGAGGAUUCAGACCCAAGUCUCUUGGUCUGGCUGGCAGCAGAAGUAUAUCAGAGGACAGCAUAUUUAAGCCCGACCCCAAAGAACAGACGCCGGGGGUUCUGGAGAAUAAAACGGUCUCUAUGGAAAAUAUUGACACAAACCCAUUUCAGAGUGAAUUAUUCGCCAAGCUGCGCUCUCGACAGUCAGACUCGGAUGUUGACGAGGGGUUGCCGUACAGCCCCUUGACUACGCUUACUCCACAUGGCCUUAUGUUUGACACGGGCCGGAAG